AAAAAAAAAAAAAAAAAUCCACGCCAUCAAAGACAAUAUAAAGCAAAAGAGCCCAGGCUCCCCUCCUCUCCCCCAUCUGCCCGGCCAGGAUGCGCGCGCUCCAAACUGUACCCCAGACUGUCGCGGCUCCACGCCAGAGAUCCACCAACCCACCUUAGCCUGCGCAAACAGCACCCCGGGCCAUCAAAAAAACACCCCCCUCCCCCCCAGACUGCAUGUGGUGGACGCUUCCUACCGAGAUCGUCAGCGAAAUCUUGCAGCAUGUCCUGGUGGACGACUACGUGGCGUUGACGCAAACGAGCUCGGCGCUCCGGCUCCACGUCGACACCAGCGAGCUUUUCCGCGGGGUCGUGGAGGCCCGUCUCGGCGACGACUUGCGGGGCUAUGAGCUCGACCUCCGGCCCGGAAAACGCCAGGUGUGGCGGGCGCUCAACGAGACGCGCCGGGCUCUCGACCGCGUGGAGGCGGCGUUUCCCGGCCCGGCGGCUCGUGGCACAGAGGCCGGGGCCGCAGCCGAGGCCCGUGUUUUGGGCGCCGGCGCCGCGGCCGUGGCCCGUGUUUUGGGUGGGCUCGUCGCCAGCGACACGCACGUCGUGGCCAUUCUCCUCGAAAUGCGGGCCGCCAUGGCAAGCUACGAACAGGGCGCCGUCCAGGCCCGCCGGCGCGCCGUGGACGUGCCCGUGGCGCGGCUCGCGUGGUGCCGCAAGCUCUUCCAGCUCCACAGCUUCGCGCGGGCGGCCGAGUUCUUCAUGGGUGAGGACGCGGCGCAGGCCCAGGACGUGGUCCGGAUCGAGCAGUGCUACUUCGAGCUCUCGCGGUGCUACAACGACUUCGCGGAAUUGGCGCGCCACCGGGCACGCGUGCGGGCGGAAAUCCAGGCGGCGCUCCGCCCGCUUCUCCCUGGGCAGGCCGCGGGGCUCGACUUCCCGACCAGCGCGGCGUACCGGGCGUACCUUGCGCGGGUCAUCCAGCUCACGCUCGGCCGGCUCCGGGCGGCCCACUACACGGCCGGCUUUGGCGGCAACAUUCUCCGGCUCUACAAGGGCUUGGGCGGCGGCACGCACAUGCCCUACAUGGCCAUCGUGGCCCGUGUUCUCAGCGAGGACGUGUUGCGCGGCAUGCCCGUGCGGGUGGCGGGCCGCCGGCUCCGCGGCCCGGCCGUGGCGUUGACGCCGGUGUUCUUGGUGGUGGGCCUGCUCUACGUGCUCGUUCUCUUGGAAGAGGGCUCCUGCACGUUCUACGAGCGAAGGGACAUGCACCGCAUGCCCGAGGCCUUGCGCCCGGGCGCCACCGGCAAGAUCUGCACGCGGGACGUGCUCCAGCGGGCGUUCGAGUCCGGCGCCCCGGGCGCCCGCGCCGCGCCCGACAUGCUAGCCCGCGACUGGGCCACCGUGCCCCUCUCCUCCAGCCUCGUCAAGUUGCGGUUUCUCCGCACCGUCUUGCUCCACGUGUGCGACCGCCGGCCGUUGGACGAGGCCGCGUUCCGCCUGUUGAUCCACAACCCGGACUUCCACCUCUACUUCCACGCCGCCUCGCGGGUCUGCGGCGCCGCGGCGCCCUCCUUCAGGGCCAACACAGAGUACCUUGGCUACGCCUCGCAGCCCGUCCCGGCGGACGCGGGCUUUGCCGCGGGCGACUUCGUGGCCAACCACUCGUCCGACUACUUUGGCGUGGUCUUGGGGCCCGAGCCCAACGUGCUCGACGGCAGCAGCUUGCUCUCCACGCUCCCGUUCGACGACCUCGAGAAGUCCAUGGCGUUGUACUCGAGCGUCCAGCACUUGCGCGUGGCGGAUUUCGGCGACGGCUUCGUUCCUUUCUUGAGGUGGUUGGUGACCACCGACGGCUUCAUGUACACUAGCAUGUUCUUGUCGCCCGUCUUGCGCGUGACGGAAGAGAAGCUCUGUUUCGUCCCCGCCCGUGCUGCGGCUUGAAAGACUUCGUUCUGUUGCAGAAUGGAUUGCGUCAGCAAGACUCCGUUCUGUCGUUCUGUUUGCAGAAGGGGUUGCGCCCCGUGAAUCCUGCAAAUC